AUGUCCGAAUCAGUCGAGCCCCAAGAUACAGCAUAUGGCCAGCAAUCGCCGGUAUUACCAGGUGGAAGCGGUCUGCAAUUGCAAAACGAAGCCAAUCAGGAGAAUAACGGCGGUGAUGCUGUACCCGGAGUUGAAGCCGGUGCAGGCGAUGGUGCAGGCGCAGGAGAAGCUGUGAAGCAGGAAGAUGAAAGACCAAAACACAUUAAUUUAAAAGUUACGGAUGGUUCUUCUGAGAUUUUCUUCAAGAUCAAAGACAAUACGCCAAUGAAGAAGCUUAUUGAUGCUUUCUGCAAGAGACAAGGUAAGAGUUCGGAUACUUUGAGGUUCUUCAUCAAUGGUGUGAGAGUUAAGGAGACAGACACCCCUCAGUCUUUGGAUUUGGAUGAUGGUGAUGUGAUAGAGGCACAUCGUGCGCAAACCGGUGGUGCUAGCUUUUGA